CCACUCCACUCUAGAGACGUCAUGUGAAUUCACACGUGACCGCUCUUUAGGCGGUCUCAAUGACAGCUUGUGUCUCCUCCUACUUUUGCCUAUCAAGCUUUUUGGUGACUGCCGGUUACUUAAGAUCUACAGUGUUGAUACCUUCUACUGGGCAUCAUGUUCGGCCGUCUUACCCACUACGCAUUUGAUGCGGUUCUCUUCUCCGCCUUCCUGGCAGGCGUCAAGCGCUCCACGGGCCUCACCCCCAGCCUCAACUCAGACAAGAUCUCAGAGAACAAAGACAUCAAGAAAUGGGUUGACAGCUACCUUGGUGUUGGCGAGUGGAUGAUGGACCAGUCCGUGGCUGUCAUGGGCUCAUCUUCCUGGUUUGAACGACGCCGGUGAUUGGCGACGCCAUACUCAACUCGGGGAGACAAUCGGCGAUCUCUUUCUCGCGACUUGACUUCCGGCCAUUCGAUGUGUGUAUGAUUGUAGAUUCUGAAAUGGGAUACAUGGCAACUCAAGGGAGUGCAUAAAUUGCCGCGGGACUGGACUGGCGGCACAAAUCUGGGUCUUCGCUUGGCUCUAUGGCAAUGUGAUACAAUAUCAGUACGUACAGGUUGAGUCGGUGUUGUGGACGGUGUGUCUUUUAAAAAUCACCGGGACACCACAAGUAUAUGCUUCAAGGCUGGAUUGACGAAUGACGACCAAUUCUUAUCUGCGCUCCAGCCUCCAAUUUCAAUCGAUGCUUUCAAGGUCAUGGCGUCUUGGCUUUUUCGAUACCUUUUAUCUUUGCUUGUUCUAUAUCAUCGCGCAAAUCCAGCCAUGAACUUAACAUACACUGCUCGAAACAUU